AUGGCCGCCACAGAACCUCUUAACACUGCUCCCCAGAGCAAAUACAAGACAGUUUCCUCGCAGCCAGAGAACCCAUACGCAAAGUUCAUACCCGACCAGACCAUCGCCACGAUACCAGAAGUCGCACUCGAAUCCGGUGUCACAUUGUACAAUGUUCCCGUCGCGUACAAGACGUAUGGCACCCUUGGCCCUAGGCGCGAUAAUGCCAUGUUGAUAUGUCAUGCGCUUACGGGAAGCGCUGAUGUGGGCGAUUGGUGGGGUCCACUGCUAGGAGGAUCCGGAAAGGCAUUCGAUAUCUCGAGAUUUUUCGUGGUAUGCAUCAACAGUUUAGGCAGCCCAUACGGUAGUGCGAGUCCGGUCACAGCAAAAGACGGAGACGCCUCACUAGGACUGUACGGACCCGAAUUCCCGUUGACAACAGUCAGGGAUGAUGUCAACAUCUUCAAACUCAUUCUAGAUGAUCUCGGCGUGAAGCAGAUCGCUGCGGUCAUCGGAGGCUCCAUGGGCGGCAUGCUUGUCUUAGAGUUUGCUUACUUCGGAAAGGACUAUGUCAAGUGCAUUAUUCCAAUCGCUACUUCUGCCCGUUACAGUGCUUGGGGUAUCAGCUGGGGAGAGGCUCAACGACAGAGCAUCUACUGCGACCCAAAGUACGACGAUGGCUACUACAUGUUUGAUGAUCCUCCUUCGACUGGUCUAGGGGCUGCACGCAUGUCUGCCCUUCUGACAUACAGAAGUCGCGACUCGUUCGAGUCACGAUUUGGGCGCAAUACUCCUGAUCUAUCCAGAAAACAGAACAUAAACACCGUUUCGCGACCGAUGACACCAUCAAAUGAGCACUGGGCGAUCCACAAUCACGGUCACAAGAAUGCUGGGUCACCGCGUCUAGCCUCACGAACGAGUAGUAGCACAAUGUUAGCCACUUCGGCGGCAGCGCAGGCCGAUCUUGAGUUUCAUGAUGCGUCAACCCCUUCCGCGCCACCACUAGCUGGACCUAAGACCCUAAACGGUGGGUCGGCAAAACUCCAUGCGCCACAUUACUUUUCUGCACAGUCGUACUUGCGCUACCAGGGAGAGAAGUUCAUCAAACGAUUCGACGCCAAUUGCUAUAUCGCGAUUACGCGAAAGCUGGAUACCCAUGAUGUCUCCCGACAUCGCUACCCUGAAGGCGAAACCCCGGAGACUUUGGAUCCUGUCUCGGCUCUCCAUUACGCGUUAUCAGUGAUUGAGCAACCGACGCUUGUUCUUGGCAUACAAUCCGACGGGCUGUUCACCUUUGCUGAGCAACAAGAGCUUGCAGCGCAUAUUCCUAACGCCACGCUGAAAACCAUAGACUCGCCAGACGGUCAUGAUGCAUUCUUGCUCGAAUUUGAGCAAGUCAACACACAUUUGCUAGGUUUCUUGAAAGACACUCUUCCGGAUAUUAUGAAUAGCAGCCCAAACCCUGACACUAUUACGAAAGAUUCUGGAAUGACCGCUACCAAAACAAGUACGUUUGGUGAGGCCGAGGUUGACGAUAUCACCGCGUGGUGA